UUCUUCCUCUGAAAUUUGCAGAGAACCUUCAUCUUCCAUCUCUGUUCUGUUUGUGCUUUAAUUCUUGAUAUCGAAUUCAAACUCAUUCCUUUCCGACCCUAUUUAUUCGGCUAUUGUUCUUUUAUACUGUAAAUAAAGAAGUGGAGGUGGUGGCGGUGGCCAUGGACGGUGUCUCCAACCCAGGCGGCGGUGGCGGCGGCGGCGGCGAAGGUCAGGGCGAAGCUCCUAAGCCUAAUCCCUCUCAAAAUGAAAGCCAGAAUCAAUCUCAAGAGCAGGGAGAGAGACAGGACCAGGAGGAAGAAGGGAAAGACGACGAGGAGUUGAUGACAAAGGCGCAGAGUCUCAUGGAAAAGAUCACUUCUUCUCCAGAUAACCCUAACCCCUCCGUUCUACAUGCGCUCUCCUCGCUACUGGAGACACAGGAGUUACUAUACAUUAAAGAAAAUGGUUAUUCCUUGAGCGGUGAUCGUGCUUCUCAUAAUAUAGGACGUUUGGGGAAUUUAAUCCGGGACAAUGAUGAAUUCUUCGAUUUGAUAUCUUCAAAGUUUCUUUCUGAGAGUAGAUAUUCAACAUCUGUCCAAGCAGCUGCUGCAAGACUGCUCUUAAGCUGCUCUCUGACUUGGAUUUAUCCGCAUGUCUUUGAAGAACCAGUUGUGGAAAACAUUAAAGCUUGGGUGAUGGAUGAGACUGCCAAAUUUUCUAGUGAUGAUCAGAAGGGGAAGCAUGAAGCAGGAAGAAAGGAAGCCUCAGAAGCUGAAAUGUUAAAAACCUAUUCUAUUGGGCUUCUUGCUUUGUGUUUGGCUGAUGGUGGUCCAGUGGUAGAGUAUGUCUUGACUUCUGGAUUGUCAGCUAAGCUUAUGCGUUACCUUCGAAUUCGUGUUCUUGGUGAGACCAGUACAAGUCAAAGAGAUGCGUGCCAUUCAACUGAGGUUAAGAAUGUUUCUUCUGCUACUUUCAGAGGUAGAGAAGAAGCUCGGGGUAGGGUCAGGCAGGUGUUGGAGACAAGCCACUUAGAUGAUUUGAAGAUGGUGGAUAAUAGAUCUUUGGAUGAUCAAGGUGUUGAAUGGGAUAAAGAUCGAAGCAUUAGCAGGCAAGUACGGGAAGAUGAUUGUUGGGCUGAUAUUAGAGAACCACAUGAUGGGGCAGCAGAAGGGAUUGAUAGGUAUGAUACACAUGCUGAGUCUGAGGACAGAUGGCAUGGUCGAGACACUCGUGAUGGGAAACUGAGAUUUGGAGAACUUGAUGAAAGUUGUAGAGAUGACUCUCCAAGGUGCAGGACGAACCGUGCAGGGCCAAGAUCUAGAAGUAAGGGAAGGACUACUGAAGGGGCCAUGGAGAGUGAACAGGGACUAGCCUCUUCAGGAUCUGGGAGUCAUUUGGGUGGAAAAGCCAUCAGAGAUAGAAGUUUGUCAAAGAAUUUAGAUGUUAGAAAGGUACCAGAUGCAAAAAGGUUUGCUGAAAAGGUGAACACUGAGGGUCUUCUAGUGGAAAGAGAUGACAAUGAUGAAUGCUUUAGGGAAUGCAGGGUUGGGAGUAGAGACAUCUCUGAUCUUGUAAGGAAAGCCAUCAGAGCUGCUGAAGCUGAAGCCAAGGCAGCCAAUGCGCCGGCAGAAGCUAUCACAGCAGCUGGUGAUGCUGCUGCUGAAGUUGUUAAAUCUGCGGCUUUAGAGGAGUUCAAAACUACUAACAAUGAAGAAGCUGCAGUUUUGGCUGCUUCAAAAGCUGCAUCUACCGUUAUUGAUGCUGCAAAUGCAAUUAAAGUUUCAAGGAACUCCACUAGCGUUGAUGCUGAUCCAGUUAACCCAAGUGCUACAGCAACAGAUAUAAAUGAGGAUUUUGAAGAUUAUUUUAUUCAGGAUGUUGAAUCCCUUGCUCAGUUGAGAGAAAAAUAUUGCAUUCAGUGCCUUGAGACUUUAGGACAGUAUGUUGAAGUGCUCGGACCUGUACUGCAUGAAAAGGGAGUAGAUGUUUGUCUUGCAUUGCUUCAACUAAGUGCCAGACAUGAAGAAACAUUGAAGGUUGCUUUGUUGUUGCCUGAUGUGAUGAAGCUAAUUUGUGCUUUAGCUGCUCACAGGAAGUUUGCUGCAUUAUUCGUUGAUCGAGGUGGCAUGGAAAAGCUGCUGGCUGUUCCAAGAGUGCCUCAAAAUUUCUUUGGGCUUUCAUCUUGCUUAUUCACUAUUGGUGCUCUUCAGGGAAUAAUGGAACGUGUAUGUGCACUUCCAUCAGAUAUCAUCCACCGAGUAGUUGAGUUAGCUAUCCAGCUUCUGGAAUGCCCCCAGGAUCAAGCAAGGAAAAAUGCAGCUGUGUUUUUUGCUGCUGCAUUUGUAUUUAGAGCGGUCCUUGAUGCCUUUGAUGCUCAGGAUGGUUUACAGAAAUUGCUGAGUCUUUUGAAUGGUGAUGCCUUAGUAGGAUCUGGUGUUAAUGGGGCUUUAGGCUUGUCUGCUAUAGCAUCACUGCGAAAUGAUCGAUCCACAGCAGAAAUUCUGACAAUUCUUCUGACAACUUCACAAAAGCAUAUAGCUUUUCAGACCUGUGUUGCUUUGCGGCAGUAUUUCAGAGCACAUCUUCUUUUGCUUGUGGAUUCUAUACGGCCAAAUAAGAGUACUCGAGGUGGGGCACGGAAUAUUCCAAGUGUCAGGGCAGCAUACAAGCCACUUGACAUUAGUAAUGAAGCUAUGGAUGCUGUAUUUCUGCAGUUGCAGAAGGAUCGGAAGGUGGGUCCUGCUUUUGUGAAAACCCGGUGGGCUGCCGUUGAGAAGUUCUUAAGCUGUAAAGGACAUAUUAUCAUGUUGGAAUUGUGUGAGGGCCCACCAGUUGAGCGAUACUUGCAUGACAUGCUUCAGUAUGCUUUGGGGGUUUUGCACGUUGUUACGUUGGUUCCUACCAGUCGCAGGAUGAUUGUAAAUGCUACUCUGAGCAAUAAUCGUGCUGGUAUAGCAGUCAUUCUGGAUGCAGCAAAUAGUGCUACUAGCCUUGUGGAGCCCGAGAUUAUACAGCCAGCACUUAAUGUGCUCAUCAAUCUUGUUUGCCCUCCACCGUCAAUCAGCAAUAAGCCACCCCCUCUAGGACAAAGUCAGCAGAGUGACAUAAAGGAGCAGAAUGGAGACGCUAGUGUGUUAGAUCGAGGCAGUGCAGCAGGUGCCCAGUCCGUCAGUGCCACUCCACAAACGCCUGUUUCUUCUACUGCAUCAGGAUUGGUUGGAGAUCGUCGAAUAUCUUUAGGUGCUGGAGCAGGUUGUGCUGGCCUUGCUGCCCAAUUAGAACAAGGAUAUCGCCAAGCAAGAGAGGCUGUACGUGCCAAUAAUGGUAUAAAGGUUCUUUUGAAUCUCCUUCAACCACGCAUAUAUUCUCCUGCUGCUGCUUUGGAUUGUCUACGUGCUCUUGCAUGCCGUGUCCUGCUUGGUUUAGCUAGAGAUGAUACAAUUGCACACAUACUGACCAAACUUCAGGUUGGGAAAAAGCUGUCAGAACUAAUUCGGGAUUCUGGUAGCCAGGCACCUGGAACAGAGCAAGGCAGGUGGCAAUCUGAACUUGCACAGGUGGCAUUUGAGUUAAUUGCAAUUGUAACGAAUUCAGGACGUGCAAGUACUUUAGCAGCUACUGAUGCUGCAACACCUACUUUGAAGCGCAUAGAGAGAGCUGCAAUAGCUGCAGCUACUCCCAUUACUUACCAUUCUAGGGAUCUUUUGCUUCUCAUACAUGAACACCUUCAGGCAUGUGGUCUGGCUGAAACUGCAGCUAAACUUCUUAAAGAAGCUCAAUUGACACCUCUUCCAUCCUUGGCAGCCCCAUCAUCUCUUGCGCACCAAUCCUCCACUCAGGAUACCCCCUUAAUGCAACUUCAGUGGCCCUCUGGUCGUAUCACUGGUGGGUUUCUUUCCAACAAGCAAAAAGGUAGCGCAAGUGAUGAGGAUUCCAGUCUGAAGUGCAAUUCAGCUCCAUCUUUGAAAAGGAAACCCCCUUUUUUAUCCCCUCUUAUCUUACAAUCAAGAAAUCAGUUUCAAUCUCAUGAUUCCCAACCAUUGUCAGCCAGGAAAGUCUCAAGAGACUCUCCUGCACCUACAAGUGUAUCAGAAAUUCCUCCAGAACAUGUGCAGAAAAAUAACCUUGAUGUGGAAUUUCAAUGUAAGACACCAAUCAUUUUGCCACUGAAAAGGAAAUUGUCUGAGUUGAAGGAUACUGGUUCAACACUGUCAGGGAAGCGGAUUAACACUGGUGAUCAGGCACUUCGAUCUCCAGUUUAUUCAACGCUCAGUGCUAGCCGUAGAAGCCAUCUACUUGCAGAUGCAGCAGGGUUUUCUACUCCAAGUCCAAGUCUAAGGGAUCAACAUGGAAGGUCAACACCAAGCAAUUUAACUAUAAUUUUGGAGGACAACCAUUGCAGCAGUUCUCAUGUUGGUCAGAUGACUCCUUCCUCUAAACCUGUGCUUCUAAAUGAUCCCCAGCCCUCCAGCUUAGAGUGGUUGACUCUAGAUAAUAUCAUGGUUCAGUAUCUCAAGCACCAGCAUCGACAGUGUCCAGCUCCUAUAACAACUCUGCCACCGCUCUCUCUUCUGCACCCACAUGCUUGUCCAGAGCCAAAACGGAGCCUUGAUGCACCAUUGAACAUAGCAGCACGGCUGGGUACACGUGAGUUCAGAGGUGUCUAUGGUGGAGUCCAUGGAAAUCGCAGAGAUCGUCAGUUUGUUUACAGCAGAUUUAGGCCAUGGCGAACUUAUCGUGAUGAUGCUGGUGCUCUUUUGACAUGCCUCAACUUCCUUGGUGACUCCUCCCAGGUUGUAGUUGGCAGCCAUGCUGGUGAGCUCAAAAUUUUUGACUCCAACAGUAACAAUGCGCUGGAAAGCUGUGUAAGCCACGAAUCUCCGUUGACAAUUGUUCAGCCCUAUAUUUCUGGUGAAAGACGACUCAUUCUCUCUUCAGGCUCCAAGGAUGUGCGGUUAUGGGAUGCCUCUUCUAUAUCAGGUGGGCCCAUGCAUUCAUUUGAUGGCUGCAAGGCUGCAAAGUUAAACAAUUCUGGGACUACUUUUGCAACCCUGUCUGCUGAGUCCAACCGCCAGGAAAUUCUCCUUUAUGAUGUCCAAGCAUGCAAUUUGGAAUUGAAGCUUUCCGAUGCUUCUGCCAAUUCUACAGCUAGGGGGCUUGUAUAUUCACUGAUACAUUUUAGCCCUUCAGACACAAUGCUCCUCUGGAAUGGUGUUUUGUGGGACCCGAGGGUUACUGAUCCUGUACAUCACUUUGAACAGCUUACUGACUAUGGUGGUGGUGGUUUUCAUCCUGCUGGCAAUGAGGUUAUCAUAAAUUCUGAGGUCUGGGAUCUUCGGAAGCUCAGGCUGCUGCGAUCUGUACCUUCUUUGGACCAAACAACAAUUACAUUUAAUUCCAGUGGGGAUGUAAUUUAUGCAAUCCUGAGGAGAAACCUGGAGGAUGUGAUGUCAGCAUUCCAUACUCGUCGUAUGAAGCAUCCUCUGUUUGAUGCUUUCCGCACUGUGGAUGCCAUCAACUACUCCGAAAUUGCUACCACACAUGUAGACCGUUGUGUCAUUGACUUUGCAACGGAGCCAACUGAUUCGUUUGUUGGGUUGAUUACAAUGGAUGACCAAGAUGAGAUGCUUUCAUCAGCCAGGAUAUAUGAAAUUGGUCGACGAAGGCCACCUGGCAAUGAUGAUGAUCCUGAUGGUGCUGAAGAAACUGAUGAAGAAGAAGAAGAAGAAGAAGAUGACGAUGCUGAUCUAGACCCCAUACUUGGGUCAGACUUGAAUGGGGAAGAUGAUAGUAGUGAUGGCGAUGAUAUGAGCGACGAGGACGAUGAUAGCCUGAGUGAGAUGGAUGAUGAGGAUGGAGAACUGAUGAUGGAUGAUGAUGGAGCAGGGAUACUAGAGAUUGUGACGGAUGGUGAUGAGGAUGACGAUGAUGAUAGCGAAUUGGUUGAAUCAUUCAGCAGUGGUGAUGACGAAGAAUUCGUAGGGAAUGGUUUUGGGUUCUAAUUUUGUUUCCAGUCAUUAGCUCUGAUGAAUCAUGUAAUCAUUGUUUCAAGUCCUUUUGCCAAUUUUGUGACUUUGGCACCACCGUCUUUGAAAAUAAGAAAAUUUUUCAAUGCAAAAAGAAAAAGGAGAUUUGGUG